AAGUUCCUUUUGUUCUCUUGUGUCACACACACAAAAAAUUUGACAAAAUGACAAAAUAAAAAAAACUCAGCCAAAAUCAAAUUUUACUUUUACCGAUUUCAUCUAUUGCCUAGACAAAAUAUAAACAUUGAAGUUAAUGUGCAAGAAACUCGUAAACAAUAGAAAAUAUGUUUUCGUUACCGAGUCAUAAUCAGCAAUUCCUAUUUCAUCUGAGCCAAAUUUCACCUCGUCGAAAUAAUAUCACAUUAAAACACAAGCAGAAGAAGAAUCCUAACCUAAAUAACGAAUUAGUUCUUUCACACAAUAAUGUUGAACGGCUAAGCGAUAGUUUAAAUGAAGCGCUAAGAAAUUUCAAAUCAUCUCCACAAAUCGGAGUUUUGGAUGUGCCCGUUGAUGCGGUUGUAUCGACAAAAUUGCCUUACAUUUUGCGAAAUUACGACAAUUUUUUGAAAGAUGACAAGAUGUGGAAAGUGUCGUAUGUUUCGUCGGAAUCAUUUGCUAAGAAUCGAGGCGAACCCUACGGGCCGAUAAGCAGUAGUAGCAACAAUUUAUCCGAACUGAUUCGAAGUUUAUGCCAACAAACAAAAUUGGGAUACACCGUGCAGAGGAGAGGUUUCAAAACCCAGAGAGCCAUAGAAGCACAGUUGAAAAGGAAUCCAACAGUUUCAUCUCGACUGCGAGAUUUGUUUGCUCCAAGUGGUACGGUAAAGUCGUUGGAUGCAUUAGCAAUUACAGGAACAUCGUUGAAACAUAAUGAAACACUAGGCAAACUGUUACUGCAACAAGACGAUGGUGUGCUAAAGGAUGAUAAUAAACACCGAAUAAAAAUUGCAUUCGCCGAAGGAUAUUUAGCUGGUAACACGAAUGCCGAUGGUACUCAGAAAGGUGGCAAAGCGAUGAAGUAUUUGAAGGUCUUCCAGCAAUUGCUGAUAAUUGUAGUUUUCUUGGGAAUUCUUUCGAGUUUGUUUUCGUCAACCAAUGGAUCAAUGUUUAGAAUUCAACUUGGACCACAAGUGGAGGUGGAUCCAGAGGACAUCAGCAUAACAUUCAACGAUGUUAAAGGAUGCGACGAAGCUAAGCAAGAGCUUAAAGAAGUCGUUGAAUUCUUAAAAAAUCCAGAAAAGUUUUCAACGCUCGGUGGAAAAUUGCCGAAAGGUGUACUACUCGUCGGACCACCAGGAACUGGCAAGACGCUGUUAGCCAGGGCAGUCGCGGGAGAGGCUGGUGUUCCGUUUUUCCAUGCUGCUGGUCCGGAAUUCGAUGAAGUGCUAGUCGGUCAGGGUGCAAGACGUGUUCGAGACUUAUUUAAGGCAGCCAAAGACCGUGCACCAUGCGUAAUUUUUAUCGAUGAGAUCGAUUCAGUGGGCGCAAAGCGUACAAAUUCCGUUCUUCAUCCAUAUGCGAAUCAGACAAUAAAUCAAUUGUUGUCGGAAAUGGAUGGCUUCCAUCAAAACGAAGGUGUUAUCGUGUUAGGAGCGACUAAUCGUCGUGAUGAUUUAGACGGAGCAUUGCUGAGACCGGGCCGAUUUGAUGUGGAAGUAGUUGUACCAACACCGGACUUUCAUGGAAGGCAAGAGAUUUUGUCUCUCUAUUUGGAGAAAAUUUUGCACAAAGACAUCGACGUACCGUUAUUGGCGCGUGGAACGACUGGAUUUACUGGAGCCGAUUUAGAAAAUAUGGUUAACCAAGCAGCCUUACGUGCUGCAAUUGAUGGUGCGGAGGUUGUUUCCAUGAAAUAUUUGGAAAGUGCGCGCGAUAAAGUACUUAUGGGGCCUGAACGGAAAGCACGCCUUCCCGAUGAAGAAGCGAAUCAAAUUACAGCCUACCAUGAAGGUGGACACGCAAUUGUUGCUUUUUACACCAAGGAAUCUCAUCCCUUACAUAAAGUUACAAUAAUGCCCAGGGGACCGUCGUUAGGUCAUACUGCGUACAUACCGGAAAAGGAACGGUAUCAUGUAACUAAGCAACAAUUGUUAGCCAUGAUGGACACAAUGAUGGGCGGACGUGCUGCCGAAGAGUUAAUAUUUGGACCUGAGAAAAUUACGUCAGGCGCAAGCAGUGACCUGAAACAAGCGACAUCGAUUGCUCAACACAUGGUGAAAGAUUGGGGAAUGUCGGAAAAAGUUGGUUUAAGAACUAUUGAAGGACCAAAGGGAUUAAUGAAUGGCGAUAUUCUUGGUCCUAACACAAGUGAAUUGGUUGAUGCGGAGAUUAAAAAAAUUUUAUCUGAAAGCUACGAACGAGCUAAAGCUAUUCUAAAAGCCCACGCUAAGGAGCACAAAGCGUUAGCUGAAGCAUUGAUGAAAUACGAGACCCUAGACGCAGACGACAUCAAAGCUAUAAUGGCUGGCGAAAAAAUUCCAGCAGAUGUCGUAAAUUGAACGUAGCAUUACAGAGGGUAGCCAAUAAAUUAUUUGUAACAAGUGCUUGUGUACACUGAGUUCAUCUUAUAAUUUUGAAGGAAGCAAACAUUGUUAAACUUAUUAAACUUAUUUGAUAAAAUAGCCAUAAAUUCCAAAAA